GGGUUCAAGCAGCACAUACAUCUCUGCACCUCGAGCAGCAUGCGGUUUCCGGACGACUCGGUCUGGCUGUGUAUGCUGGGCUUGUUCGUGAUGGCAGUGACUUUGGAGGUGCCCGACUCUCCGUGCCCAGAUGUGUUCCGUUAUGAGCAGGGUGUAGCCGGCUACUGGACAGCACUAUUACAGUUGCCAGCCCCCGAUAAGCCACCCGUGAAGGUUGUCGCUGAGCUCUACCUCAAGGCAGAACUGCCCACUAAGUACCAUGGAAGCCUGCUGCUCGACCUGGGAAAGGAAGAGGUGCUGCGCCAGAUGCAGAUAGGUGUGCUCCGAGAGAUUGGCUACACAUUGUUAUUCCCAGUGCGCAGCCCACUACCAGAGGUUAAACGCAUAACUGUCAACGAUGUUACUGUCUGUCAGGGACCACCUGUUACGGCAAACACUGUGACAACCAUAAGGGUGGAGCACACUCUAUCUGCAGAUGUAGAACCCUUAUCACCUGGCAAGGACUCUGGGAACAGGCCAUCUCCAGAAGUGAUGACACAAUCUUCUUUACUCAUCAAAAAUCCACCUACAGCCUCUACUGUGCCAUCUCGUGACAUAGGAUCAGUGAGUUGUGGAAGGGCCAUAGUUCCUGUUGAACUUGUUCUGCAUGGAGAAUAUACUCCAAGAGGAGAAUGGCCAUGGAUUGCAGCAUUAUUCAGAGUGACGAACAUUGGACAAGACUUUACUUGCAGCGGAAGCCUCCUGAACAGAAGGACAGUCAUCACAGCUGGGCAUUGCAUCAAGUACCGUGAAAAUCCAGCACUCACACCACAGGAUCUUGUUGUCUACCUGGGAAAGUACGAGGUGCGGCGCUUUGCAGAGCGUUACAGCCAGGUUAGAGAGCCAUCAAAAAUAUAUCUCCAUCCAGAGUACAAGAGUAACACCUUAAAUGCUGACAUUGCCAUAAUAAUACUGAGAGAUCCUGUUGAGUACACCCGGUACGUUGUUCCCAUUUGCCUGUGGAAUCGAGAUUCAUCACUAAGCAGUGUAGUUGGUCAAGUUGGAGUGGUUGUUGGAUGGGGCCGGGAUGAACUGGGCAACAGAGUCACUGAUUUACCACGCAAGGCAAAUGUUCCUAUUGUGUCCAGAGAAGACUGCAUAAACAGCCGGAAGGAUUUUAUUUUCCUCGCCAAUGAACGGACAUUCUGUGGAGGCUUUCGGAAUGAGACAGGGCCCUGUUCAGGUGACAGUGGAGGUGGUCUCUUCCUUCCCUCUGAUGGAGAAAGUGGAAGACAAUGGUUUCUGCGUGGAAUUGUAAGCCUCUCUCUGCGUGAUCCUGAAACGGGAAGCUGUGACUUGAGGCAAUACAUUGUCUUCACAGAUGUUGCACAGUUUCGGAACUGGAUUUUGAAAAUAAUGCAGAAACAGGUAUACUGACCAUAACAGAAGUGUGAUUUACUUCUUAUGUUCAGGUGAUUCUGAAAACUAAGAGACAAUAGUGACUGUUGAUCAAAACUUCAAUGCACUUACAAUAUUAUGAAGAAGACAAAAACCAUGAUAGUGGUUACAUGCUGUGCUGUGACGUGACAACUGAUAAAAUAUAUUAGUAACUGUGGGUGAUGUGUUUAGUACUGUCUAUGUUGCAGGAAGAAUCUGAUGGCAGUAGCAGUUUCAAAGAAAGUACAUGUACCAUACAAAGUACAAAAGUUGAUGGAACCUAUGGAUAGUGCUUUACCAUACAUGUUAAUAAACUGAAACCUACCCAUAAUUCUAUAAUAAUUACUUAGUGUGCACAUCUGCAUUUGAUUUACUAUAGAAAAAAAACCUUUUUUGUGGUCAUCUAGUUACUAAACCUUACUACAGAAUAUAAAGACGUUGCAGAAGAUUGAAUUCAGGAUGUAUUCUGCAAAUUUUUAAAACAUUAAAACCUCAUAAUAAUUACAUUACUUAAAUUUCACUGUUGGCUGGCUGCAGGUGAUAAUUUUAAUGGACAAAAAUUUGACAAUUUCACUACAAGCAAAUAUAUUUUUGUAAACUAUUUUUUACUGAGAUUCAUUUUCUACUUGCUACCAGAAAUCAAAUAAAAAUACUGGUAUUUGUGCGCAGAGAUGCAGAAAAUAGAAUGAAAAGACUGUAGUGAAUCCAGUCAUGAUAUCAUAAAGCAGAACAUUUUUCAUAUGUCAUAGCAUAACUGCUAAA